AUGGCUUCCAUUCAAGUUCGAGUGCGAGUCCAACAAAGCAGCCUGGAUCGGGCAGCGAUCCGGACGGGUAUGGACAAUUUUAUCGGGCUGUUCCACGAACUCGUGCCUCGCAACGACCCACGCUGGCAAGAGCUACGCAGGCAAGAUCUCUUCAACAUCGACACCGUCACUGGCAUCAGACUGGGCACAGCUGAUUGCCACGCGAACGGCUGGAUUGUUAAUGCAGAAGGCAUUGUGCAAGCUCUUAGGACCCGCUCACGAAAUAUCCGACUCAUCGGUGUCGAAGACUCAGACAUUGAGAGUGUGGGCUCUGAUUCGGGAGAUGGCGCCGACAACGAGCCUCAGCCUCCGAGCGAGACCGAGAGCGGGAAAAGCCGCUAA